AUGCACGUUCCCUUCCUUGGCCGUUGCCUAUGGCAGGCCCUAUCGAUCUCGUAUCUCCUCACAACGUACGCCCGAGGAGUCCACGCAUAUCCCCAGACCAACCUCACGAGCCCCAACAGUAACACCUCCCUCGCCCUCUCCUCCCCCAUCCUCCUUCCCUCCCGCUUCUCCUCCCUCACACUAACCUACGGCGAGCUUUCCCCCGACCGUACGUAUACUCCCGAGCCAACGUUCACAAUCCGUCCCAAAACCCGAGUCGCAAGAUAUGAUCCGGGAGCGAAAUGCCCCCCUGCACUCCUGCACCUGUGUCUCCCGACUCUGGCUUCUUGCCUCGGAGAAAAAGCGCUGACCCCGGAGUUCCGCGUAGGCUUCACCCCCGCGGACAUCGCCCUCGCCUUCGUGGCCGCCCUGGCCCAACAAGCCGUCGAACCCUUCGACGCCCGCCUUUCCUACUUCGAAUACGCCGACGCCGAAACCCCGGUCCGGAUCGUUCUGCGAUCGGCCCCGCAUGCGCCGACCACGUUGACGGUGAGGAGCAAUGUCAUGUGGGCGCUGAAACAGCUACCGAUCAACCUCUUCCAUGAUCCCAGUAUAUGGGGACUGGACUUCAAAGUGCGGUUGCGGGGGGAGGAUUUGUAUCUGGGGAGCCUGAGUAAUAGUAACAGACCUGGCGGCGUGCUGGGGGCUGGGGGUGAGCAGGGGGGUGGGAACGGCAGCUCGGACGGCUCGGAAGAGAAGCAGAAACGUGCGCUGUUGAUCACUCAACCGUCAAACACCACAGCCCAGAAUCUUAAAAACCCCGGCUCAAGCCCAACCGACAUCCAAUACGACCUCCGCUUCCAGCUCACCGGCCUCCCGCUCCCCGACAUCGGCAUCUUUUCCGCAAUCCUGGAGUUCCUCCUCGGUCUCGGCGCCGGAGACCCAUACCAGGCAGUCGAAUCCGCCAAGUUGGCCCUCGAUACUUUACCCGUAUGGAUAUAUAUCAGUUACAAUGCCCAGCCGAGCUCCACGCAAAGACUGCAGGUGUAUCGGGUGGUCGCGAUUCUGCAGGCCAUUGCGAGAUAUUGUGUAGGGCAGAGGAUUUACCAGGAGUUGAUUUUCAAUCUGCUGGUUGAUGAUCUGUUGCUUGCUAGUGGGUGUGUAGUUAGGGGGGUGGGGGAGAGGGAGUGGUGUAGAGGGUUAGAAGGGUAG